AUGGAUGCUGCUCCCGAUCCAAGCGGCGACGAAGGGGGCCCAGGUCCUAAUCAAGGUUUUGUGCAAGAGGCAGCACACUUAGCUCCCGAAGGACGUCAAGAUAGACUUCUGUAUCUCACCUGCCAUGUUGUGAUGCAUGGUACCGCUACGGAAGAGCCAAGGAGGAUGCUCAUGUUGAUAGAGGUGGUCACUGGAAGACAGGCAGAUAUAAGUGUCUCAGAAAUAUACGGGUUCCUGAGAGAGCUGGAGGCUGAUCUGCAUUUGAGAAACUAUGUGUUCUGUAGCUCUUGCUGCCGAACACUUUCCGGGAAACGGAUUCGUCCGAAACGAUCAAGGUCGCAGCGCAGGGCAGUCCUAUCACCUCUUGAUAGUCGUUCACAGCUGAUGACCGUGCUCACUAAACAUUUGUCCCUCUUAAUCAGCAUUCAUCGGCGCUUGCAUGACCAUCGGCUAACCAUUGCGACUGAUGGAUUCAUACCGGCUCGGCUCAGCAGGCAGGAACUAUGGCCACUCUACAAGACGGUCGACGAUCUAUCGUCAAAAUUGGGUAGCAGUUAUCUCAAUGAAAUCUUAGCGGGUGUCCUUUGGACAUCUAAAACUCCUCAGGAAGAGCUAUGGGAAGUACGUGACGGAGCUGCCGGAGACAUAUGGAGCAUUGGUUUACGCCUCUCCCAUGCUGUUGUAGACUACCAGGGACUCAAAGAUAUAUUUGGAUUACCUCGCUGGACUUCCCGCUUCGGCUGCCACAAGUGCCUCUUUCCCGGUAAUCAUGAAGGAAGCAAACUAAAGUGGUACUGCUCCGAUCCUCUUGCUUUCGAGAGAAGAUCUAGUGCAACUAUACGUGAAGAUGCAGAGUUACAUAGAAAUGGACUUAGGAGCAAAGCUUCCGCUAUUUUAUUCACUCCCGCGCAGUGCUGCGCGGAUGCGCUCCACGUAAUCAGCGAAGGAGUCACGCAAAAUCGUCUGAGAGAUCUGCUUCCUCGAUCUUCAAAAAUAAGCGUAAUGAAACUCAGUGGAGAAGCAAUUUCUGAACUGAAUACAGCUUUAAUCAGUACAAGGAACUACACAUACUCUUCAAAAUUUGUCCUUUGUCUCGAAGAUCUACCAUCAAUGACUGGAGCUGAAGUAGAUAUGUUCGCAAACGCUCUGUUCCCGCUAAUCGGAGCAGUGAUAUUGUGCCCUUCUGCUUUAUGUGCCGCCUCCAUCGUCGGUUAUGGGUUUUGCUUAAAAGAACUUCAGUUUCCGGGAGUAGAUUCCCUCAGUUCUUUACCUCUCAAUUCUCACUUGACUGAUUUCUGCAAGUAA